AUGGAUGACAUAGAAGACAUUCCCUUAUCUCCUCCUCCUUUUGAAUAUGAACCUACUUCUUCAAUUGAAAUCAUUUCUGAAACAGAAACAGUUACAACCAACAGUUCUAACAGUUUAAAUAGAAAAAAACGAAAUACUGGUGCACGUCAAAAACCUUAUGCAUACAGCCGAAAAGGUGGAAACACAACAAAUCUUAUUGUCCAUUUGCGUGAUAAACACAAAAUCACAAAAGAAAAUUAUUUUCAGUUUUUAGAUAAUUCUAAUCAGCCCCGACGUGAUCAAACUCAAAUUAUAGGAUAUUUAAAAGCAGCAGCUCCAUGCUCACCAAAACGACAGGAACUUAUUACACAAAAGCUUGUAACCUUUAUCAUCAAAUUCAUUCAACCACUAUAUAUUUUACAAAAUCAAUACUUUCGUGAAUUACUCCUUAUCUGUGAGCCGGGUUAUAGAAUUCCAUGUGACAAAACAGUAAAAGCAAUAAUCAAUGAUUCAUUUGUAUGCUGUAAGGAACAACUUUGUUCACUUUUAAAUAAUAAUAAUACUAUCAGUGCUGCAUUAUUUCAAAUUAUAAAUGAGUGGCAUUUAUCAAACACAGCAUUUACCAUUGCAACUGAUAAUGGUUCUAAUAUGAUAAAGGUUCUACAAGGUCUGAAGCAGUGUAAAUCAAUACAUCAUCGAGUAAAGUGUUUACAGGCAUUUUUUCGUUUACCAAAACAAGCUCAGAGACUUCGGGAAGCCCAACAAAGCAAUCAGCAAUUACUGGAGGAAAAUGAUUAUAGUAACCCUCUUGAUGUUUUAACUGAUGUUAAAACAAGAUGGAAUUCGACAUACUAUGCAUGGAAGAGAAUAUUAGAAUUACACAAUUCAAUGCGACUCAUUUCUACCACAUUGUUGACAAAACCAGAUCGAGCAUCACAGAAAGAAGGAGAGAAAUUAGAACGACUAUGUUUAUCUCUUGAUGAAAAACAUCUUGUUAACCCUUAUAUGGAAUUGUUGAAAAAGACAUUUGCACCUAAGUCUGAAAAUGGAGAAAGUCUUGAUACAUACCUUGAUCUCAUUUAUGGGCCACAAACUGAAGAUAAUAAUGACAAUGAAGAAGAAUCUGACAGUUCAACCAGUGAUGAUGAUGAAAUCCCAUCUGGUGGUUCACGACAACAUUGGCAAUAUUCCCAUCGAACUAGAGGUGCAAUAGAUGACAUAGAUGAUAUUAAUCAUGUUGAAUAUUUACCAGCUGUUAAUACUACUGGCCUUCUUCAAAAAGUUCAAGCAGCUAUUUUUUUAUCAUUAGAUGAAUUAUGGUCAGUUCCAACAGAAUUAGUUCAAAUUGCAACAGUACUUGAUCCCCAAUUCAAAAAUUUCCAAUGGGAUAGAAGUGGUGAGGAAAGAGACAAAUCACAUCAAUUAUUACAGGAAUUAUAUGAUUUUACAAAAGUGGAUUUUGAAUCUAAUAAUAUUCAACAAACAACAACUAUUCACAAUUUACAUACAACUAAUGAAGAUGACAAUGAUGAUUUUUUUGAAACCUUGGAAAUUGAACUAAGUUCAUUUGAACGACAAGUUACCGAAGAAAUAAUCUUAUAUGAUUCUAAACUGCAUACCGAUUUUAACGCUCGCCUCACUUCAGAACUUAAUACACGUGAUACUAUCUUAAAUGCGGAGGCGCAGAGAAUCUCAUCGUCAAUUAUUUCUUUAACCACAAGACUUGAUAACAUUAAACAAGUUCUUGAAUGCUAUAAUAAUCAUUUUAGUAGAAUUUCAACCAAAUUCGAUUCAAUUAAUGAAUCUAUUGCAACAUUCCAUAAUCUACUCAAUCAACAUCAGCAAAGUGAAACGAACCUAUCUGAAGCUUCUUUCAAUUCACCCAUUUCCUCUGCUAGUUCUUCCAAUUCACCUGGUUCCUCUGCUAGUUCUUCUGGCUCAAAUCAGCAAUCAUUUUCAAGAAUUUCAUUAACUGUCUGGACACGUUUUAAACAAAUCUUUGAUACGAAUAUGGCCCUGAAAGGUUAUAAUCUUGAUGAAAUGUAUUGUUCCGUAGCUAUGUGCAUUCGUGAACUUGGAGAAAGUAUUAAGCCGAUAACAGUAAAAAAUUUUUAUAAUAGAAGUAGUGGUUGUAGAUUGAAUACCAUAGACCAGAUUGGUUUAUGGAUAGAUAAUAUGGAGUAG